UGUGCAGUGCACGUGCGGCAAAAAGAGACACAAAUAGAUCAAAAGGAGGGAAGGCGAGACACCCUUUGUAGGGUUUCAUCAUGUCGUUUCUCCGAUCAUCCUUCCAGCCGGCGAAGGACCGGCGAUCAUCCUUCCGGCCGGCGAAGGAGCACUAGCUCCGAUCAACCUUCCGGCCGGCGAAGGAGCACUAGCGGUGGUCAUUCUUCUGGCCUAAAUGGGAGAAGUGCGGUACAACUUAAAAAUUAUUUAUGGUGGUUUGCUUCAAAUUACACCCAAUAUAAAGUAUAUGGGUGGUUUAAUUAAGGAAUACGGGGAAUGUGAUGGUGAUUUUAUUAGUUUUUUUGAAUUGAAUGGUUUAGCUAGUGAUCUUGAUCAGGCUAGAAGGCGCGACAUUAUUACUUACAGCCUAACUCAAAUCGUAUUCUAAAGAAGAUUAGCAAUGAUCAGGAUGUAGCUCAAAUGCUACAAGAACAUGGGCAAUUAAGACCUAUUGUCUUACAUGUUGAUAGCUAUUAUGAGCCGAUGAUCGUGAAUGACAAGUCUAAAAGCAAUGAGGUGCAGUCAACUCCUCAAACAGAUAUAUGUGGAAUGUAUCUAGCAAAGAUGUCGCUAAUAAAGGAGAUGUAAAUGAAGAAAUAUGUGAGGUGAGGCUUGAUCGGGGAGAUGUCCAUGGUAUAGAUACUGAAGUAGAUAAAGGCAAUGAUGUUGAGGGAAGUGAGAGUAAGAGUGAUGAUGAUGCUAACAUAAAAGAUGAUGAAGAAGACUGAUCUCAGUUGGUUCAACUAUGGUAUUGAAGGCCCGAAUGAUUGCUUGGAUGGUAAGCAUGCGGUGGAUUUGGUAGAAAGGCAGUGUAGUUGUAGGUUGUGGGAUCUAACAGGAAUCACGUGCAAACAUGCCAUUGCAGCAAUUUUCACCAACAAGGAAAAGCCUGAGGACUAUUUACAUCAGUGUUAUACCAAGGCAGUUUAUCUUAAGGCGUAUGAAGAGAUUAUCAAUCCAAUUCCUGGACAAAAUGAAUGGAUAAAGACUUCAAUGCCAGCUCCAGUGCCUUGGCGUAUAAGAAGGCCACCAGGGAGACCUAAGAAGCUUAGGAGAAGAGCUGCAGAUGAACCUUUAAACCCUUACAAAGUAUCAAGAAUGGACAAACCAAUAAAGUGUGGAAACUGCGGCAAAGAAGGCCACAAUUUGAGGACAUGUACAGCAUCAGUCACAGGGGAGACAUCAUGGCAGAGGAGGGUGAGAACCCAAAAGGAAAAACAGAGAGCAACAAACAAAUUCUCUCAGAUUGGUGAACAAUUUAGUGUCUCACAUCCUAUCACGACAAAUUGUGAUAAUUUUGACGUAGAAACUCAUUCAAUCGGUGCCUCACAGCCUGCGUUCCCUACUGAGAGAGUAGCUAAUGCAGCAGCAAAGGGUUUUGCACCAGUCAGAGGAAGAGGAAGAGGAAGAGGAAGAGCAAGAGGUGGACGAGGUGCCGCUGCUAAUGCUGCAGCCAAAAAAGCAAAUGAAGGGCCUUCUAAAGCUACAAACAUUCCAUAAAUGCUAGCUGAUGACUUUCAAAAGCUGUUGGAGGACAAGGCCUUCUAAAGCUACACUACUUCUAUUUUAUCAUACUUUUUUGUCUAUUUAAAAACUUGUAAUGCUGCUACAUUUUGUUGAGCAGUCAAUAUUGCUACACUGUAUACUUCGGGACUUGUCAUAUAUUUACGUGUAUUUUGGCUAUUUCUUUAGUUUCUUGUAAAUGAUAGACACUAUAGUUUCAGUCAUUUUCUUAGUUUCUUAAGCUGUAAAUGUUGCUUCUUUCCGGAAAAGCAAAUGCUAGAUGCUACAUUUUGGCCAUUUCUUUGAGUUUAAA